AUGGAUUCGAAAGAUACUUUGGAGAAACAGUACAACAUGUCACCUAAUCUUAAAACUGCUAAUCAGGGAAAUAAAGAAAUCAACAAUCGUGAUCGCGCUAAAAAACAGAAGGAGGAUGCAAGAUACGAACAUUUUCCUCGUCAAGACAGAGAUAUUGAUCAUCAAGGAGAUACCGCUAACGAGAAUCUCUAUCGAGGUGAACAGCUGGAAAAUCUACAAAAGGACGAACAAGAAAAUAUCAAUCAGGACGAACAAGGAAAUCUCAAAAAGGAUGAACAAGAAAACAUCAAAAAGGACGAACAAGAAAAUAUAAAAAAGGAUGAACAAGAAUACGUCAUUCAGGACGAAGAAGAGAAUCUCAAAAAUGACAAGCAAGUAAAGAGCAAUCAAGAAGAACAAGAAAAUCUCAAAAAGGGCGAACAGGAAAACAUCAAAAAUGACGAACAAGAAAAUCUCAAAAAAGACGAGCAAGGAAAUGUCAAAAAGGACGAGGAAGGAAAUCUCAAAAAGGACGAGGAAGGAAAUGUCAAACACGAAGAACAAGAAAAUAUCAAAAAAAGUGAACAAGAAAAUCUCAAAAAGAGUGAACAGGAAAACAUCAAAAAUGACGAACAAGAAAAUCUCAAAAAGGACGAACAAGAAAAUCUCAAAAAGGACGAGCAAAGAAAUGUCAAAAAGGACGAGGAAGAAAAUGUCAAACACGAAGAACAAGAAAAUAUCAAAAAGGCAAAGUAG